AGUUCGAUCCAUUUUCGCGCGCUGGACACGGCUCACUGCACGUGGACUCUUCAAACCAUCUUAUUCAAUGAAUGACUGGUCAUUUGAAGUAUGCAUAACUUCAGUUAAACUAAUUCAUGAUAACUUUUGAUGUAUAUGUUAACCUUAAGUGUAAUAAUCAUAGGUAUAGAUGUUUUUCUUCUUCGUUUUAGAAGUAACAAUAUAACGGAGCUUUGUGACCUUCGUUUAUAACUGUAUAUCCACCGUCCUGUGACAUCUUCACUGGUGUUAUCAAACGAAUGGAAACGAAACUUCUUUGAGAUCAAUAUAUUCAAUUCAUCAUAACAGAUAGAAAACUCAAUAACUUUCAGUUGCACCGCCUUUGUAGCAUUCGUAUAUCGAUCUCACAGAGCAACCAAUGUACCACGUGCUCAAAUGCCCGUCUACCAUACUCAUAUCGGGAACAUCUUCAUUCGCUACGAGAUUAACUCCAAGGAAUUAGAGGUAAUUUACCUGAUAGGAGGAUUUUGGGAUUAAAUCAACCUGUCAUCACGAAAGGAUGGAGUAUUCAUUGGUAACCACGGAGUCGAUGAUGCAGACGACGAUGAUGAACUUGUCGAUGAACGGGACGAAUGGAAACGAGACGAGAGGCUACACCGGUCCCGACCUUAAGCUAGCCACCAAGGUCAUCCACAUGAUUAUCCUCAUCUUUCUCAUGAUCUCCAUGGGAUGUACACUGAACUACAAGGAUUUUAAAAAGACGAUCCGUAAGCCAGCUGGUUUCUUCGUUGGUAUGCUCUGCCAGUUCGUCCUGAUGCCCUUGCUUGGAUUCUGCAUUGCCCUAGCGUUUAAAUUGCAUGCAGCGGGGGCUCUCUCGCUCCUGGUCCUAGCCUGCUGCCCCGGCGGUACACUCUCGAAUCUCUACACCUAUUGGGUGGAUGGGGAUGUUUGUCUCAGCGUAUGCAUGACAGCAGUGUCCACGGCGGUAGCUAUCGGGAUGAUGCCCCUAAAUCUCUUCAUCUAUAGCCGAGUAUGGACGGACGACAAGGCGGUCAUCCCGUACGUCAACAUCGUCACCACUCUUGUGAUCAUCCUCGUACCGGUCGCCUUCGGUGUAUUCCUCAACUGGUGGAAGAAAUGGCUGACGAAGUAUCUUACGAGGAUUGGCGUCGUCUGUUCCUUCAUUUGCAUCAUCGUCGCCUUCGCCUUCAGCAUCGUAAUGAACCCCGCCUUCCUGCGGGCUGGCUGGAAGCUCUGGUUCUGUGCAGCUGUACUUCCCAUCGCGGGGUUCUGCAUGGGUUACGGCAUCGCCCGUCUGCUCCGACAGCCACACAAGAAGUGCCGUACCAUCGCCUUCGAGACAGGCUCUCAGAACGUAUCGCUGGCCUUGACCCUCACCGUCAUCACCUUCGCCGACUCUCCUCUCUUCCUCGACAUGCUCUUCUAUCCAUCCCUCUAUGUCUGCUUCAUCUACAUCGAUUCCUUUCCCCUCAUCAUCGGCUACAAGAUCUACUCCUACUACCACAGUAAGAACCGGAAGCUCGACGAGAAGGAACACGUCGACAAGGAUGUUUACGCCGAGGUCGGCGACGAUUCGGACGACGACGACGAUGUUGAUAGUUGUAAGAAAGAGGAAGCUAAGAAGCAGGAAAUGCAACCUAUGCACAAAAAUUGUUUAAAUGAAAAUGGACAAAUAUGAUACAAGGUGCGUCAUGUUAGGCUGCCGAUCACUGCACGACCGUUCUGCGAUACAAUGGUUAAUUAAUAGCAUUCGCAUAAUAUUAUGAGUAAUUAGAUGAACCCCCACUGUCUCAGUGAACUAGUUAUACAUAUCGGUACCAAUCGGACAAUAGUGCAAUGUAUUGAUCUUAAUAUUCCUAUAAGAACUGAAUGGAUCUGACAUCUUAGAUUUUCGUUACAGCACGACCAUCAUAUUAAUCUGAUGUAGCUUUCAGUUCCAUUUUAAGUACAAUAAAGUGCUAUUGCAAUGGAACGUUUCCCUGUCAAGUGAAUAUCUUGUUAUCAGUAUUACUGUUUCGAAUUCGCUUUACAUUUUUUCUUUCUGUACAAUGAUCGCAGUUUGGUCGUAUAGUGAACGCUGUACCUAAACAUGUUUAUUACCUCUUUCGCUUGGUAUCGAACAUCUAUCAUCUGAAAUGUAAAUUGUAUAAAAGGCUAUUUUCAUGUUGUGAAUUUCAUACUAUACUGAGAAAUAUCACCAAAGCAUUAUAAUCUAUACAGUAUACAGAAUACUUUAUACGAUAUACUUGUAUAAUAAGUAAAUUGAAUUGGAAGCCGUGUAAGUGAAAUAUGAUAGUUUAUGCAUAUCUUUUGAGCAUUUUGUAAAUUCAUAAUUUCAUAUUAAGCUUCUGCUUGCAGUUAAGCUUCUGCUUGCAGUGUUUCAUGCAUUUUUUUUCCAUAUUUAGCUUCGUCUUAACAUCGCUUUUUUCGAUAAUGGACCGAAUGUAAAAGAAAUAAAAUGUGCUUAGAAAUGUUUGAUUUACCACAUGGACACGGGGACGGACUUAUGCCAUGAUAACUACACGCAAUCAAAGAACAUUUGCAAUGUUUCAUUUGUAUUGUUUGGAGUUGCUAUGGGAACCCUUAUGGGAAACAAACAUGAGUACUGAGGAGCGUUUCAUGACAGAAUUACUUGUCGGACGUAUUAUCCGACAAGUCCUGUUUUAUCAGUCAGUCACCAUAGUAACAGCGCUUCUAAUCCAAUCAAAAUCAAGGAGAGAUUUCGGAUCUGACAACUUGUAGGACGAUAGGCCUAAAUCUUGAUAAAAACGCUUCCCUGGAUGUGGGCCUACAUGUAAACGAUUGAUAAGUAGAGAUUAUGACAUACUCGAUUCAUUCUAACAAGAAAAAUGAGGUGUAUAAAUGAAAAAUGAGGUGUAUAACAUCUCUUUCCCUACAUGAAGUAUGAAUAAGAUGGAUGUUUGACUCUAGUCAAAUAAAAGCAGAAGGCGGCUAAUCGAUCGCAUGUUCGUCUCCAGUGGGCAUUUACCAUGUUUACAGUAUAAAUACAGGGGGCUGUUUCAUAAAGCUGUACUAAGUUUAGAGUGACUUUAAGAACGACUGGUGAACAUUUCUUGUGAUGCAGUAAAUGUUGUUGACCAUUAAGGCCCCAAUUCUCGAAAGAUGGCUAACUUAGUCCACUUAACUGGGGAUAGUUAGCAGGUUAGCCGAGUAGGCUAAAGUUAGCACGGGCUUAUUUAGCUACCCUAUACGAGAAUUCGGGCCUAUAUGUUCACUGGUGAGUAUUUAGCGCGUAUAAGAAGAGAUCACCAGUCGUCCUUAAAGUCGCUCUUAACUUACGGACUGCUUUAUGAAACACCCACCAGUAUUGGUAAGAAUAAUCAAGCUGGUACAUAAUAUUCACACCUAUAAUAUAAUACCAUCUUAUCCUGGCUUAUAUAGCAAGGCAAAUAUUUGUUCGUUAGAAAAAUGAAUCAUGAUUUUAGUGCGCUUUGGCUGACGGUCCAGGGAAAAUUCUUAUUGUAUUUCGUCGUAGAAUUCAUACUUAAAUUUAGGAUAAGUUUAGGCCUACCUCAGGUAUAUAAAUACAUUCUUUCUUAUGGAACAAGGAAUUGCCAUGGUUUCAGAAUCAAGAUUGAAGUUAUUUUAAUUUUCGUUGUAUCAUAGACUUCAGCACUAGACCAACUACAUUUUCUGCUGAAUCUAUUUUGUUAAAUUCGUUAUAUCAAAUAAUUUGUGUAAAAGAACACAUUGACAACAUGAUAGGAAUCGAAUUACUUUUUGAAAAUGAGAGCUUGAAAGUAUUUGUUUGAUGUAAAUUUGUAGAUAGAUGAUAAUGAUUAUCUGCAUUUGCAACGCAAUGUUGGCGAUAUAUCAUGUUACUUCUAAAUACAGACUUUCUCACACAUGUUGUUCAAAAGUAUUAUACACUGUAGAAAAUGGAGUGCUAAUUUAGCACUUACAGUGCUUGUAUAGUGACUGCACUGUAAGUGCUACAUUAGCACUUCAUUUUUUACAGUGUAUGUAUCAUUAUUUAUCGACUAUGUAAAGAACUAAGCUCUCAUUGCCACAGCAAAUAUUCAGGAUUAUGAUUUGCAAUGCUGUUUUUUUUUUCUUUCUAUUUCGUCUCAUAUUGUUGACAAAUACAGCAGCUCCUAUUAUAUAAUUCUUCUCGUUGUGCCUUGUAAACCCCAAAGCCAACAAUAAGUCGGCAGGAAGGGUUCUCUGCAAAUAACCAAUAUGGUAAUUUGGUCUUCAAAAAGCAAAACAAACAAAAAAGAAAUGGAAAAUUAGCUGAAAGAGUAUUUGUUUUUCUUCUUCACACUUUAACUGUCAUUGCAUGGAUUGCACACCUCAUGCAGCAGCUGGAGUGAAUCCCAAACUUCAAAAUGUUGUUUCUCCCCAUUUUUUCCUUUUUUUUUCUUUACACCCUAAAAAAUAUUUGGUAAAAGUGCUCCAUGAGGGUAAUUAUGUGUCCAACCCACAUUGGGCAUGUAUUUUAUUUAUCCAGUGUGAUGUAAUUGUAAUUGCUGCUUAUCUUUUAACCUUCCCGCAUUGGGUAAAAUAUUGGUUGGACACAUAAUUACCCUCGUGGUGGUAACAUUUUUACCCAAUAUUUUUACAGUGUAUUCUACAUUUAAUCUAGUACUUAUGUGGGUUAUUGUUGACUAAUUUUGCCAAGUUAUCAUGUUAUUGCUUAGAAUGUGCUUUUCCAAAUUUAAUGAAAAUCUCAUUUUGGGCGACUUAUUGUUGGUUUUGGGAGUGGCUGGUCACAUAAUUUUAUCUUGUUUCCUGUUGUUAGAGAUGGAAUAGCAACAUGCUAUUGGAUUGUUAUGAAGUGAUUUCUAUUGGCAGCUAAUCUAGAUUCAUAUUUUUGUAGAAUACUUUUAUACUAUUUGAUGAGAUUUGAGUUGCAGUUUUUUUAAAUUGUGAUGUGCGUGGUAUAUAUAAUAUAUGUUUAAUUAGCACACAAGAGGCUUAUUUCAUUUAGACAUUUAUCCAAAGCCAAAGUUUCUUGCGGAUGAAGAUCUCGUGCAUCUACACCCUUGCCAUUGUUAUUUUGAAAAUGAUCUUGCAGCCUUUUCUCCUCUGCCUUUCUUAGAUAAAAAAAAACGUACAUAGAUAAUCACUGAAUGGUGGUGUGGCCGUACAGUAAAAGGGACAAGUAGUCUGGACAGUUCCCCCUUUGCCUUUGAAUUGUCAAAAUUUAUCAAUUUUACUGUCUAAAUAUAAAGGAGCGAAUCACUUGCGUACAGAUGUGCUGCUUGGUAGGCUCUGGCUCCAAGACCAAUAAAAACAAUGAAGAAAAAUGGAAGAAAAGGGUCGGAAAACGAUGAAAUGUGACGUUAUUGAUGAAAUAUUAUGCCUAAAUCUAUCAAAUGUUGUUUUCAUAGUAAAACUGCCAAAAAUCAGCUCACUUUGCUUCGUUCUCUAUAGCGACUUUUUAGAAAUUUUCCCACAUAUACGCCAUGCUAUGCCCCCUCAACAUUUUGGGGAGCUCAUUACGCCACUCGACCAAAAUGCAGCUAUUUACCAGUCUCCGCAUCUAAUUCCGUCAAUUUGUUUUGCUGAAUGAAAAGGAAUGUCACUCGUGUUUUUUUAUUAUUAUUAAUAUCAUUACGUAACAAGCUGUUGAGUCUCACAAUUUGAAAGAUUUGACUUUCACUCAUUUUCGAGUGUAUUUAGUUCUCCUGACAUUUUGGAGAGUAAGUUUUUUUGUGUGCCAAAUUUCCACUGAAAUUCAAUUGAAUUAUUUACUUACGGCUCAUAUACCAGUAUUUGUCAUCCUAGUUCUAAAAAGAUUGACUGGAACGCCACUUAAAACAUUAAUGAUUCAACAUUGCUAUUAGUACUCAAAGUAUGCCCAAUAAGGUCCUAAUUAUCGUCAUAAAAAUAGAGUUCUAAAUUCAGCACAUUUAAGGAGCUCGUGUAAAAGUAAAUGAACCCCGAUGUGCUGCUUUCAGCACGCAAAGAGAUAAAUGACGGGCAAACUUGUGUGCAUGAUGAUUAAAGGACAAGUUCACCCCCAAAAAAGUUGAUUUGAAUAAAAAGAGAGAUAUCCAACAAGCAUAACACAAAAAUUUCAUCAAAAUCGGAUGUAAAGUAAGAAAGUUAUGACAUUUUAAAGUUUCGCUUAAUUUCACAAAACAGUUAUACGCACAUCCUGGUCGGUAUGCAAACGAGGAGACUGAUGAUGUCAUCCACUCACUUUUUCUUUUGUAUUUUAUGAUAUGAAAUAUGAAAUGGCAUGAAAUGUUUUCUCCUCAUUGUCAAGUGAAACAACGAUUAAUUCCUCCCUGAACAUGUGGAAUUAGCAUUGUUUUUUACUAUAUGGUUCAGCCUGGUUGGUCCUUAUUGUCAAAUCUGGAAAAAAAAUGAAAUAUUGUCUAAUUCAAACAAUAAAAAACAAAAGAAAUUGUGAGUGAGGGACAUCAUCGACUGUCUCAUUAUUUUACAUAUCACUGAGUUGUGCAUAUCACUGGGUUUUUUUUUAAGCGAAACUUUAAAAUGUCAUAACUAUCUUAUUUUACAUCCGAUUUUGAUGAAAUUUUCAGCAUUAUGCUAGUUUGAUUUUUCUCAAUUUAUUCAAAUCAACAUUUUUCUGGGGUGGACUUGACCUUUAUAUAGCACGUUACGUAAUGUUUUAGCCCUCGACUGCUGGAAAUCAUCACCUCGAAGUGCAGUUAUAGAGCUCAUAAAAUGCUUAAUCUAAACAUAAUUAUUGUUGUAGAAUGACAUAAAAAAAUAAAAUAAAAUUUGUUUUAAUUGCAAAACGUAUGAUAUUUUAACGUUAACCUUAAGGGUUUCAUUCCCUUGAAAUUACAGACGAUGGUCAUAGUCGCUCAAGUAUAUUUGGCAGCUAUAGAUUAUAUAGAUAUAUUAGGCCUCAUUUUAUUUUUUACUUCACGCUGCUGUGCCGUUUGUUGUGCGAUACCUUGCUCUUCAUGUAUGUAUUAUACAUUUCAUAAUGAAAUAAAACUCUGUAAAAGAUUAA